AUGCUUUUCAUAUCAUUCUACUGUUGCAACCAACAUUGGAAUCAUAGGUUGGUUGACACCAACGACAGAACCGAACCAGGUGGAAAUGAUGACACCGAGGACUUGACAGGCGAAAAUGUCAACGCACAUGAAAGCAUAAGUCUCCUGCAUUUCGACGGGUUCAAUGGAUUUCUGGAUGAAUUUGUGUUGCACACGUUCUUACCACAAUUGGAACAAAAGGUUGCCAGGGCUUUUGAGCAAGCUAUCAAUGCACCUGAUGGAUUUCAAGAAGACGUACAAGGCUCAGCAGGCUCAAAUACUUUUGAGCGUGGUAGCGUCAAUCUCAAAAGGAAGUCGAUAUGGCAAUUACCGGUGGCUAAGUCGAUGAUCACUUCAAUGAAGCUGAUAGAGAGCUUGUGUGAUAUGCUACAUAGCAUGCCAUUCCAUCGCGAGAAACAUGGACGGCUAAUAGUGAGCAUUGUAGUGCAAUACUAUCAAAAAUGUCAUGAACGAUUCAAAGAGCUUGUCAGUCGUGAAGCGUCUGAGACAACAACGAACAUUGGUGAAUCAGAUCCUCAUGCAAAUCUCAAAUUGGCGGCGGAUUGGGCACAAAGACCAGAAUUAAGUCGAACUCUGCAGGGCCUUCACGACUCUCUGUCGGGUGACACGGAUCUCAAGAAGAUGAGGAAAAAUCAAUUCCAGGUCGAAGCAAAAUUUCUUGAAGAUCACGAGAUCUCUCCAGUUGAUUUGAUUCGGUCCCCCAAAAAGAUCACUGCCCUAUGUAAUCUUCAUAGCAGUCUGGAUUGUUUUGUAACUUUCACGCGCACGCUGAGCUCUUCGAUACAAAUUGUCGCGAGUCCUGAAGGAGAAGAUCCUGGAGAGGAUUCUUCGCUGGAGCCACCGCCACCCGACACCGAUGUCAAACAACGUAAACAUGGUUUUCGGUUGCCGCUGGCGCGUGGAAUCAUGAAACGUUUCCAAAUCGCCCAGAACUCAUAUCAAUCACUUGCUCAAACAAUCCUAUUCACCUUACACCUUGAAUUACGGUUACAAGCCUAUCAUUUCCUCGGCAAGACUUCACAAGAAGGACAAUACUUUUUAACACCAUCUGAUUCUACUGAACCAGACCCUAACAUCAUCGAACUGAAUUCAAUCUUAUCAAGCUCAGAAGCAGCUCUGACUUCAGCUCUUUCUAAACCUCAACGGAAUUUUGUUUUAUUAGGAUUCGGACCACUUUUAAAUCGAUUAUUGAUCAAUACUGUCUUGAGAUUAAAGAUUGGAAAUGAACAUGGGUUUCGUAAGAUGCAUAAGAACGUUUUGGCUUUACAACAGAAUAUGAAAACGUUAAAGAGUGAAGAUGAACAUCAAAUUCAACAAAUUGGUGAAAGUCAAAUUGGAAAAUCGGAAAAAGCAAUGAAUGUGAAUUUUGAAAGAAGUCGAAAAUUUUGGGAAAUGGCAUCAAAAGGACCUGAUGCUGUAAUGAAUUCAGUUCGAAAUGGAGCGAUUUACAGUUUUGAAGAAUAUAGAAGAUUGUUAUGUUUGUUAUGUAUGAUCAAUCCAAGUACAACAGGAGAAAAUGUGAUACCGAUUGAAACGAAUGGAUUAUUAGAAGAUGAGAUUUGGUCAUCAACUAAAGAUAAUCUUAGUCCUGGAUUCGAGAAACGAAAACGAAUGUAUAAUGAGUUUUUGAUCGAAUUACAUGCAUUGGUUUUAGAUGAUGAUGAAGAUGAUGAUGAAGAUGAUGAUGAAGAUGAUGAAUUGAAUUGA